AUGCUCCUCAUCCAGCUUCUCAUUGUCUUUCUGCUCGGCUUCUUCUUCACAACCACCUUUAGAGCCAGUGUCCAACGUAACAGUAUGCUCAACAGCUGUGCCUCAGAUAUCAAUCUGUGUCGCCCUGAGUGGAGACCGCCUCACGAAGCAAAGGUCUUUAAAGAAACAAUCCACCAGGCAACCAUUGCCAACCAAGCCCCAAUCGCAUUAUCACAAAAACAACAAAAACAACAACAACAAUUAGCACCACCCACCUUCCCUUACACAAUCAUCACCGGCUCCAGUGCGAACCACUUGUGUGCACUCGAAAACUUCCUCUAUGCACUCAACAAAUUGCGCCCUGAGCUCGAUCCAUCCGAGUUUCCACGCAUUGCUGUUUAUAACAUUGGCAUGAACCGCACCCAAUUGCCUGUGCUGGACCAGCUGCAGUCCAACGGCCUCAUUGAUGAUGUCGUGACCCUGGACUACUACAAGUAUCCCCGGUUCUGGGAUGUGGCCAUCAAUGCGGGCGAGUACGCCUGGAAGACUGGCAUUGUGCACGAGGCACGCAUCCGGUACGGCGGAACUCUCAUCUGGCUCGACGCAGGCAACAUUGUCACAACCGACUUUUUGCGCUACAUUCCAUCCAUCGUGCGCCAGUCUGGCGGAUUCUGGUCUCCCCGCAGCUCGUACAUGAUGGCCCGCUGGACCCACCCGGGCAUGUACAAGUACUAUGAUGCCUCCCCCGAAGAAUACGCCCGGAACAUCAAUUGCAACGGUGCCGCCAUUGGAUUCGACACCACAAACCAGACGAUUGUAGACACCAUUAUGGAGCCAUGGUACGAGUGUGGUCUGGUCAAGAACUGCAUUGCCCCUGCAGGCUCGUCGCGCAUCAACCAUCGUCAGGAUCAGGCUGCAUUGACCUUUUUGGCUUAUCGCAGCGGUCACAGCUGUAAGAGGAUUCCAUCCCGCUAUCACAACUUGCAGGUCCAUCGUGAUGUGUCGUGCCGUGCAACGUUGUUGGAGUUGGAGUUACAGGGCAUGCUCAGCCAUCCCUCUGCCAUUGAUACUCCAAAGUGGGAAAGAUCCGAUACUCUUGCUCUCUUCAGCCACCCUGAAUGGCGAUACCCUCAAGACAAAGUACCUUCUCAUAUCGGAAAGCUACUCAGCCCCAUUGAGAAUGAAAAUGAAGAUGAAAACGCUGGAGUUGAAGGUGAAAGUGAAGUUGAAGUUAAAGUCUAA